AUGGGAAGCAUCAACACACCAGAGCCACUCAAGGUCGGCAUCAUUGGCGCUGGCAUAGCAGGACUGGGUACCGCCGUCGCCCUCCGCAAUAAAGGCCACCACGUCGAGAUCUUUGAGCAGUCUCGAUUCAAGUACGAAAUCGGUGCAGCCAUCACACUACCACCAAAUGGAGUGGUCGCCAUCAAGGAGUUGGGUAUCGAUCUGGAGCAAGGAAAGCCUAUUGUGACCGAACACUACCAUCUGCUUGCCGGUGACACUCUGCAAACCAAGGCCGAAGACGAUACGAGGUAUUUGAACGAACAGUAUGGCAACUACAUGUACAACUUCUCCAGAGUCGAGCUGCAUGAUCUCUUGAGGAGGGAGGCUGUGAAACCAAAUCGGGAGGGCGUGCCCGUCGCGAUCAAUCUUGGUUGCAAAACAACUGAUGUGAAUGCCGAAGAGGGCAUCAUCGUCCUCGAAGACGGCCGAUCCGUACAGAAGGAUCUCGUAGUGAUCGCAGACGGUGUACAUACCAAAUUCACCCCAGCGAUUUGUGGGAAAUCCAUCCUCCCGACUAAAAACGGCCGCUCCGCCUUCCGCGGCCUCAUCCCCUUCCCAGCCAUUCACGCCCACCGCGAACUCGGCCCCUACUUCCGCGACAACGUCAAGCCCGGCUUCUGGAUCCCCUCCAGCCCCGACCACUCUGUCCACGUCGUCACCUAUCCCUGCGGACAAACCCCCUUCCUCAACCUCGUCGUUCUGCACUAUACCCUCCCCAAGUACGCCGAUGCCGAAUCCUGGACCACGCCCGCCGACAACUCAGACUGCGUCGCCGCCGCAGUGGGGUUCCACCCGAUAGUACACGAGCUGCUAAAGUUGAGCAGUGACACCAAGGUGCACACGCUGCAUAUCAAGGAGCCACUGCCGACAUUGGUGAAGGGAAGGGCGGUGAUCAUCGGCGAUGCAGCAGCACCACACCAGCCUCAGCUCGCACAAGGGGCCAGUACGGCGUUGAUGUGUGCCGCUGCAUUAGGAAUGGUUUUUGACCCGGAGCUGAGACCUGUUCAUCCUACCUCCUCCUCUGCAGCGGCCAUCGAUCUCUCGGUCCAAGCCCGCCUUGACCACUUCAACAAAGUUCUCCAUCACCGCAGCACCCUAGCACAACUCAUGUCCGACGCCAUCCCCUACAACCCCAACGACCCGUUCAAAGUCCAGCAGCGGCAACGUCUCGAGGAACUGGCUGUGGGACAUGAGCGGGAGUAUGUGUUGCCCCCGACGGACCAUCCGCCGCUCGGGCCUAUGGUGAGGGAUGUGUUGUAUGGGUAUGAUGUGGUGAAAGGCAUGAAAGCGUAUCUUGGGGAGCAGGGACUGGUUUUGGGACGAUGA